AUGCUUCCACUGGAGGGUCGCAGUCAGACCAUCUUUAUUAUCACCACCAUUUUCCUCGGUCUUUCGUUUAUCGCCGUUUGCCUACGAUGUUUUGUUCGCCUGAAGCUGGUCAAGGCUUUUGGCUGGGAUGAUGGCUUUAUGGUCAUGGCUAUGAUUCUGAACAUUCUAUUUUCUCUAUGUGGUAUUACCGGCGCAUUUUACGGUAUGGGUCAAAAGACCGAGGUCCUGAUAGAGCGAGGUACAAUGGAAACCGCCAUGUUUUGGUGGUGGCUCGGCCAAACCAGCUAUGUUUGGGUCUGUGGCAUGGCAAAGACUUCAAUUGCUCUAGCUUUGCUCCGCCUCACUGUCUCCAAGGUCCACCGACUUGCCCUGUGGUGUGUUAUCGCCGUGACCGGAAUUGUUGGCAUAGUAUUCUGGUUCAUGUUGACUUUGCAAUGUCACCCGGUCUCGUACUUCUGGCAGCGAGUUCGAAUCUAUAAUACCCCACCCGAAGUAAUGCCCGGCAGCUGCACAAACCUCGACAGAAUUAUCGAUAUCGCCUACGUUUACAGUGUCACCGCCACAUGUUGCGAUAUGACCUUGGGACUUUUGCCUGUUUCUCUUGUCUGGAACUUGCAGAUGAAUACUCGGACCAAGGCCGCUUUGGCUGCUAUUCUUGCCAUGGGAUGCGUUGCGAGCGCAGCUGUCAUUGUCCGUAUUCCCUUCCUCCACGACUACAAAGAUGCAGACUUCCUCUACGCAACCACCCAGAUCUCCAUUUGGUCCAACAUCGAAGCCGGUCUAGGUAUCGCUGCAGGCAGCCUGGUUACACUUCGACCGCUUUUCCGCUGGUUCCGCGAUCCCAGCUUGGGCGGCAGUCGAAGCAAGCGUACUGGUGGCAGUAUGCCGCUAGACAGUAUAAAUGCAGCACGCUCUGGCGAUACCUCGGGCCCGCGGUACUGGCGACCGGACCUAGACCCCGAGGACGCCCGGGCAGUCGUCACCACUGUCCAUACCUCGAAUCAGGAUAGUCGCACGAGCAGCCAGGAAGAUUUGAAUCCCAAUAAGGGAACUUUCUUCAGUGGUGUGAACGUGCAGAAGACUUUCUUUGUUUCAGAGGACGAUUCAUAG